GUUUUUACUAUAAAGAUGUCCCCCCUCCCUGUCCGUGAAGAAAGCAAUGCCAUAGCUAGAAUACAUUCUGGAGUAAUAUGGCACGUAUAAAUUAAUCUUCCUUUGGAUAGCUUUGCUUUCAUAACAUUUGCUGUGACGAUCAAGCCAAGGAUAAUUGUUUUCUCUAUUUAUAUUCAUAACAAGAAAUAUAUGAACUGUUUUGGAUUGAAUUACGGAUAUGUCUAUCGGCUUUGUGACACUAUGGAUACCGACAUGUGAAUACUCCUAGUAAUAAUAUACAUGUUUGGAAUCACUUUAUACAUGUCAACUACGAGUUCGGCCAACAUCAAAUUAUGUAGAACUUUGCAGAGCUAAGGCGAAAUCGGUUUCCGGGGGAUGCGACACGAACCACAGGCAGUGUUGCAACGCCCAGUUUGUAUAGUGACAGAGAGAUGGUGGUCCUACCGAAGAUUGCCACAGGACGAAGUGCCAAGAGUGCCAAGAAGAUGUGGAAGGAUCAUGGGACUAUCAAGAUCAAGACUGUUCUCCAAAAUGAGUUGGAAACACCAAGAAUGCCACCGCUUUACGUAUCAAAGAACCCCAAGCCCCUGUAUGAACGAGCUGUGGACGAGUGGAAACCGUUUGACAUCUUGCACUUCCGUGCGUUUGCCGAGAGAGGGGAGAUUGAACCUGGUGACGUCACUAAUUGUAAAGAUUUGUACUCCCAGGUGACGUUCUUGAGGAAUGCUCUGAGGAACAUUGAUAACACCAUUAUAUAUCAGAAUCUUUGUAAGAAGCCUCGGAGCUGGAGUGAGCCCUCUGUCGUCGAUGACCAGCCAGGGUUGGUCGCUGGUAACCGACUCCACUGGCAAUCAGCAUCCCCAUCUCUGCCGCAUCCUCGGAUGUUGCUACCACUCAAACCAGGAGCUACCAACAAGUGGUACGCGUGGCGCACUGCCCAACUCAACAACAACAAGAAUAAAAACAGAAAACCAAGAGGAAAAAUCGGAUAGAUCACCACAGAACUUUCUCGGAGGCGGAGGCCUUCAGCCCACGUGUCGUUCCUCAUCCAACGCUGCAUUGAAAGUUCCAGCGAGCACACCCAAACCCGACAACUCCAGACUCCCACAAGUGCCUCGUGGAGGAUUACCCUCAGAUCAUACAGCGACGAGUAAAGCAGGUAGAGACAAGAUGGAGGACGAAGAGAACAACGCGAUUGUAGAACCUAAAUGACUUAUUGCUACGGUCACAAAGGUUCGUACGAACGAUGCGUUCGUACGGAUGCGUUCGUACGAAUCUCCCUGUUUUUCCAUGGUCUACCCGAAUUUCCAUGGUCUGAAAAUCGUUCGUACGGCGUUCGUAAUGGCAUUUGUGACCGAGGCUUUACAUUCAUUACCGAAUCGAAAGAGGAGAGCGUUGAUCAAGCAUAACAGAGACAGACUGAUGUUAAUGUGUCUCAUGAAAAGACCGAAGACAACGUCGGACAAACUUUAGUUUGAAACCCAUCAAAACGCGUCAUAAUGACGCACAUAAACCUAGGUUUGUCGACAAGCCUCCUUUAUGAAUUCGGGCCAAUACGUUUGACCAAAAGUUUUACUUCUGUAACAGUGGUCCAAUGCAUGUUCCGAAAGUCGACCUUGAUGGGAAAGAGUUGGACAUGAAUAUGGCAGAAAUUUCAAGUUUAAUGUACGUUUCAUAUAAAUAUAUAUAUAUAUAUAUAUACUUUUUGAGGACAGUGCUUCAUAAAAAUAUGAACCACAGAGCGAGUUUAAAUUGUCCUUUACACACAUGUUUGCCUAUAUCUACCGUACUUGCUUUUGUGUAAAAUCAUAUUUUCAAUAAAUCGCUCUGGAAAGAA